AUCACGGUUAAAUGCUAAGGUGUUGAUAUAGACCCUUUCAACAAGAUAAACAAAAACAAUGCUUGAAUGUUCUAUUUUGUUCCCAAUCUACUUCCUCUGCAUUAAGAUAACAUAUGGAAUGUUAAAACAGAAGCCUUGUGGGAACAACUAUGCUGAUAAUGCAACUCUCUUGAAAUGGUCUAUUGGACUGGUUUUUUUUGUGUAGAUGUGGGAAAACGACUUGAACAAAUUAGGGAUGAGAAUGACUAUCUCAGUCUGACUGACAUGGACACAGAUACAGGGCUAAAUGACAGGCAUGAAAAUGACAAUGACAGUGUAGAAUUGUUAGAAGAUUGUCUCAGUUGUGCAAAUGAUACCUCAGGUAUUGAAGCAGGAACAGUCUUUCAUGAAGAGGAAGGUGGCAUGGAGUUUGAGUCAGACUAUACUGAGGGUCUCUUAGCUAGUGGCAGUGAUAGUUCCGAACCUGAAGAUGAGAUCUAUGAGAUGUCCUUAUCUGACAAGAUUGCGGACUGGGCCAGACACUUUGGAAUUUCAUUGGUUGCUCUGACUGCCCUACUAGGCAUCCUUUGCCUCUCCCAUCCUGAUCUUCCAAAGGAUGGCAGGACCCUCCUUAGGACAACAACUAAAUAUUCCAUUCAAGAGAAGGCAGGGGGAAAAUACUACUAUUUUGGCAUCAUCCAUUCACUUAGUGCUACACUCCGCGGGUAUGCACACACGCUAACUGAUGGCUUAACCUUGAGGCUACAAAUAAACAUAGAUGGGCUACCAUUAUUUAAAAGCUCAAGUGUUCAGCUGUGGCCCAUCCUGGGUCUCCUGCUCAGUGUCCCUAUGAAAGAGCCUGUAGUGAUCGCAUUAUACUCUGGAGAAAAAAAACCUUCAUCAGCAAAAGAAUUCCUCGAAGACUUCACCAGAGAAUUAGUUCAUCUGGAAAAGGGUUUCUGUUUCGUGGGAAAGACUUUGACCCUUAAACUUGAUACAGUAAUUUGUGACACACCGGCAAGAGCAUUUGUGAAACACACCAAAAGUCACAAUGCCUACCACGCCUGCGAUAAAUGCACAAACCCUGGUAGACAUGAACAGAGCCGAAUGAGUUUUCCAUGUAAAGAUUAUGCACUAAGGACGGAUGAGUCUUUCAAUGACAGGUUAGAUGAGAUACAUCACCAUGAGGGGCCACAUGCAUUUGAGGGUACUGGGGUUGGCAUGGUGUCACAGUUUCCCCUAGAUUACAUGCACCUUGUGUGCUUAGGUAUCGUUAGGCGCUUGCUCAAUAUGUGGCUUCGUGGUCCUCUGACUGUCCGUGUCCCUGCAACUAUAGUUGAACAAAUGUCCGCUAAAUUGGUAUCCAUGAGGCCUUAUAUUCCGGUAGAGUUUGCCAGAAAGCCGCGAUCUCUUAGAGAAUUGGAUCGCUGGAAGGCUACUGAGCUAAGGCAGUUUCUUUUGUACACUGGACCUGUAAUGCUGGCCAGUUUUCUGGACAAAGACCUGUAUCAGAAUUUUAUGCUUCUCUUCUCUGGUAUCUCCAUCUUAGCAAGCCCAACAUUUUCCUACCUCACUGAUUACGCUGACACUUUACUGAAGUCGUUUGUGCAGCACUUUGCUACACUUUAUGGGAGACACAACGUUGUGUAUAAUGUACACUGCAUAACCCAUCUGGCAGGUGAAGUUCAGCAGCAUGGUCACCUUGACUCCUUCUCUGCCUUCCCAUAUGAAAAUUAUCUGCAGAAGAUAAAAAAACUGGUUAGAAAACCAGAAUAUCCUUUAGCACAGAUCAUUCGUCGUCUGUCAGAAGUAAAAAUUCGGGAGGUUACAUUACCUGGCAGCACUUUAAGACGGCAGCAUUUUGUGGGCCCUAUUGUUGGGGGGAUGGCCAUCAAGGCACAGUAUGGCGAGAUGUCCACUGAGAAGUGGACUCUCAGAACAUCGACUGGUGAUAACAUCUUCAGGCUUGGAAAUGACAUUGUCUGCAUCCAAAAUAUUGUGGAAUGCAUUGGGGGGGGGCAUUUAUGCAAUAUAUAAGGAAUAUAGAAGGAAGUCAUUGUUCUUUAGCUACCCAUUUAGCUCGGAUACACUGAAUAUUUACAUCAUUU